GGGCUGGAGAGGAGGAGCCACCGGGGAAGGAGGAGGAGGAGGAGGAGAAGAAGAAACUGGCUUCCCACGCGGGUUGUGGGCGGAAAGGGGGUCCCUUCUCUUGGCAGAGCAAGGCGGGCCUCCCCCUCUUCCAGCCCCAGACUUGCGGCCGAGGAAGCCCCCUCCCCAGCCCGCCUUGGAGGGGAGAUUUCCCGGCAGGGCUGGCCCGGCGCACGCCUUCCUCCGCCCGAGACCCUCCUCAACUGGUGCUUUCUUUCCACGCUUCUCCUUUUGCGCAUUGGAUACAGACCUCGAUUCCCUCAAAUCAAGAUGUCCCUUCCAGCUCGGAUGAUUCUAUGACUCUCCCUUCGUGGUUGGAGUUGGAUUUAUUUUUAUUUUCGGAGCUGCUCUUGGAAAGAGGGUGUUUGCUUGCUCCCUUUCUCAACUGGUCCUGAUCCGACUGAGGUUUGCUUUGCGCAUUCAUUGCCUACCUACAGAGCUUGGUUUUGCUAUUUUCAAAGAGAGACAUGUAUACCUUUGUGGUCCGAGACGAGAACAGCAGCGUCUACGCGGAGGUCUCGAAAAUCCUCCUCUCCACCGGACAAUGGAAAAGGCUGAAGAGAGACAACCCCCGGUUUAACCUCAUGCUGGGCGAGAGGAACAGGCUGCCUUUCGGGAGGCUAGGGCAUGAGCCUGGCCUUGUACAGCUGGUGAACUACUACAGAGGAGCCGAUAAACUUUGUCGCAAAGCUUCUUUAGUGAAACUCAUCAAGACAAGCCCGGAAUUGGUGGAGUCUUGCACGUGGUUCCCAGAAUCCUAUGUGAUUUAUCCAACUGACCUGAAGACUCCAGUGGCCCCAGCACAGAAUGGGAUUCAGCACCUGGUAAACAACACAAGAACGGAUGAGAGGGAGGUCUUCCUGGCGUCCUAUCAGAAGAGGAAAGAGAGCGGAGAAGGAACUGUGUGGAUAGCCAAGUCUUCGGCAGGUGCCAAAGGUGAAGGAAUUCUUAUUUCUUCAGAGGCUUCUGAACUUCUGGAGUUUAUAGAUACUCAAGGACAAGUACAUGUGAUUCAGAAAUACCUUGAGAAGCCUUUGCUCUUAGAACCAGGUCAUCGCAAAUUUGAUAUUCGAAGCUGGGUGCUAGUGGAUCACCUGUAUAAUAUCUACCUCUACCGAGAAGGCGUUCUACGGACCUCUUCUGAAGCUUACAAUAGUGCUAAUUUCCUGGACAAAACCUGCCAUUUGACCAAUCACUGCAUACAGAAGGAAUAUUCUAAAAACUAUGGGAGAUAUGAAGAAGGGAAUGAAAUGUUCUUUGAGGAGUUUAAUCAGUAUCUCAUGAGUGCUUUGAACACUACUCUGGAAAACUCAAUCUUAUUACAAGUCAAAAACAUAAUAAGAAGUUGCCUUAUGUGUAUAGAACCUGCGAUCAGCACCAAACACCUCCAUUACCAGAGUUUCCAGCUCUUUGGCUUUGACUUCAUGGUGGAUGAAGACUUGAAGGUCUGGCUAAUUGAAGUCAACGGUGCCCCUGCGUGUGCCCAGAAACUGUAUCCAGAGCUUUGCCAAGGCAUAGUGGAUGUAGCUAUCUCUAGCGUCUUUCCUCUUAGUGAGACCAUGCAAAAGCAGAGUCAGCCACCAAUAUUUAUUAAAUUGUGAUGCUACUUUAAAAAAAAAUAGACACCUGUUCAACAGACAGGGGAGAAAGGCUUCCUGUUGAUUCUAGAGACAAUGAAGAGAUAUGGAUUUGAUUGCUUCACCUGCAGAUCAUGCCUGAAAAAGAGAGAUGCAGACUAGCAUCAUCGUAGGAUUUCAGAAGAGAAAAAGAAAGUCCAAGAUGAGCCAAAGCUGUCCCCUCAACUCUGUAUGCCGUGUAGAAAAUGUUUACUAUAGAAACAGUUCCUGUAACCGAAGCAGCACUCUCUGGGAGAACAGCGUAAUCUUUUUUUUUUAAUCUAAAGGAACAGAAAGGGUAUGACCUUUUCCCACUUUCCCUCUCCCGCAUCUAAUAAUUUAUUCUAGCAAAGAGUUGGUAGUACCAAUACCCUUCCAUGGACGUCAUAGCUUGAAGGUUUUGUCAACUUAAUGUGCAAGGUUGUUCUGUUUUCUUUACCUGCUGCAGUUCUAGUGCCUUAGCAUUUUUCCUAAUGACUAAUCUAAUUCUCUUCUUGUUUGGUUCUUUAGAGAGUUUUAAAAAAACAGUCCUGUGGGGUUUUAACUGUUCCUUGCAAAACUUUGUUUUUAUAUGUGUGUGCGUGUGCGUUUGUUUUCUGAAAGUCGGUAUCUAACUGUUCUCAAUGUAGGAGACUAACUUGAAGGAUGAAAUACUGCUGUCUUAGUUUACCUUCUAAUACAUGCUGCUAUGGCUUAUGACGUAACAAUUCAAACAUAACCUCUCACAGUAUCCUAUGCAGACCUUCGAUAUACUACUUUUGGGAUGAAAUCCCGCAACCAGUAUUAGCCAAUGACCCUAUUUGCUGGGUGAUACUGGGAGCUGUAAUCCACCAAGCAACUACUUGUGAUCUUCUGCCUUGGCAAACAGUUGACAAUCUCUCUGUAUUCGCACAUUUGAGCAAGUCAUUUAAAACAGAAGAUUCAUUGAUUUUGCAAUCUUUUGGGUACUUAAUUCUGAGUUAAGAACUAUUUAAUAUAAGUGGGAUUAAUUUCAGAGUGAACAUCAGUAAGACUGGUCUGUAAGUAUCCAGUGGGCUUAAAUAGUUCAGCUUGAAUCCAGUAAUUCAUUUUUAAUACCAUUUGCAUUCAUUCAUCUUCAGAAUCUCCUAUUGCAGAAAAGGCAUGUCUAUCCUCGCAUUGGGACUGAAUGCAACUUUCUGUUUAACAUUCACAUCAUUUGGAUUUCACAGCUUUGUGUCCCGUUGGCUACAGAUCUCACUUCACUGUUUUUUUGUUUUGCGUGUAUGCAUUUCACUUUCUGCUUUGUUUUAAUUCCUUCCCUUGCUUUUUAUUCUUAUUUCUUAAAGAAAGAGGAUCACUGGAAGAAAUCAUUGACAUGUGUUGUCAAAGGCUUUCAUGGCUGGAAUCACUGGGUUGCUAUGAGUUUUUCAGAAGCAUUCUCUCCUGACGUUUUACCCACUCUAUGGCAGGCAUCCACAGAGGUUGUGAGGUCUGUUGGAAACUAGGCAAGUGGGGUUUAUAUAUCUGUGGAAUGAUGCCCAGGGUGGGAGAAAGAACUCUUGUAUGUUUGAAGCAAGUGUGAAUGUUGCAAUUGGCUGGCUUGAUUAGCAUUGAAUAGCCUUGCAGUUUUAAUCCUGGCUACUUCCUGCUAGGGGGAAUUCUUUGUUGGGAGGUGUUAGCUGGCCCUGAUUGUUUCCUGUCUGGAAUUCCCUGUUUUCUUUAUGUACUGUUCUGAUUUUUGAUUUUUUAAUACUGGUAGUCAGGUUUGUUCAUUUUCAUGGUUUCAUUGAAAUUCUAUUUGACUUACUGCUCUUUUAAGUCCAAAAUUUAUGUAAUGUGUAGUCAUCGAGGCAGAACUGAGGGAUCUUUGGACUUCAAAUGCCCCAGCAAUUAUAGCCAGUCCUGGUUACAGCUCAAUAUACCAUCUCAGAUACAUUCACAUUCUAGCUGGCAUUUUUGGUGCAUCCACACUGCACUAUUAUGUAGCGGUUUGAUAACACUUUAGUUGGAGGAAUCUUUUUUUGGGAGGUGUUUGCUGGCCCUGAUUGUUUGCUAUCUGGAAUUCCCUGUUUUCUUAGUGUUGUUCUUUAUUUACUGUCCUGAUUCUAGAGUUUCUAACACUGAUAGCCAGGUUUUGUUCAUGGUUUCAUGAAAAAAAUCAGGGCCAGCUAACACCUCCCAACAAAGGAUGCCCACAGGCAGGGAGCAGCCAGGCUUUGAAUCUGCGAGGCCAUUAAAUGCUAAUCAAGGAGAUCAAUUGCAACAUUCACACUUACCUCAAACAGACAAGAGUUAUUUCUCCCACCUUGGACUUUCCACAGAAAUAAAAACCCCACUUGCCUAGUUUCUAGAAGACCUCACAUCUCAUGCCUGCCAUAGAUGUGGGCAAAACAUCAGGAGAGAAUGCUUCUGGAACAUAGCCAUAUAGCUCAGAAAGCUCACAGCAACCUAAAUCUUUGACAGCCUUAAUUGACAUUUUAAAAACUCCAUUCCUCCCUUGACAUAUUUCUUCACCGUACUGUUUUUUAAAUGCUACAAUAAAUGCUUUUAAGAGGUGACUGAUCCGUUCCCCAUUUGACAAACACUAUGGCCUGAUUUAGAUAUCUUAGCCAAACUAUGGUUUUACCAGUGUAAAUGAGUUACACUUCUUUCACCUCAAGUCCUCUCUUUCAAAACUCUCUUAUUUAUCUUUUAAUUGUUUAUAACAACUGUUGAUUUCCAUGAUGUCCAAAUGGAUAGGUUGCCGUUGUUGGAUUCCAAGUCACCACGGGAUUCUCAGUUCAGUUCAUGGUUGGGAAGUAACCAUAGCUAAGAUCUUUUAUAAGAUCCUUUAUAAUAAUGGUUUUCAACCUGGGGUUGAAACUAAGAUCCUUUAUAAUAAUGGUUUUCAACCUGGGGUUCCCAGAUGUUUUUCUCCUUAAACUCUCGGAAAUUCUAACAGGUGGUAAACUGGCUGGGAUUUCUGGGAGUUGUAGGCCAAAAACAUCUGGGGACCUCAGGUUGAGAACCACUGCUUUAAAAUAACUCAUUCAUGGUCUGACCAUGACAUUAAAUAUAGGCCUGUGUUUCUCUUCCAUUGUUAACUAAUGCCAAGGGAGAAUAAAUGUUGGCACCUACGAGAAAUCCCAGCUCAACUUGAGCAAUCUUGUUACCAAUUUAGAUAGAAGAUGGAUAUAUAGAAAGUUACUUUGGGGAGAUAGGCUGACAAUCUUCUUUGGGAGUGGAAUCUGUCCCAAUGUUAUCCAUCCUUUAAUGAUAUUGUAAAAUAUAGGAUAAUGUUUAAUACUAAAAUUGAGGUCCUCCUGUCCCUCCGAUGUCUGGAAAUGUAAUACCACUUUUGACAUUUUUGUAAGAUAAGUAGGAUGUUAAUCACUUAUCUUUCAAAUGUUUUUAUAUUUUCAUAAAGGUCUAUAAAAUGGGAAAAUCCCAUCAAAAAUUAAUUUUAUUUUAGUAUUUAACUUAAAGUACAAAGAGUUCGGUGUUAUGGUGUUAUGAACUCUAGAUUCAAUGAUAACUAUAUUUAUUUGCAAGAAAGACAGAGUGCAAUAGGAGAAGAAUGCGAUUUCCUGCUUCUUUGAAUGCGAUUUCCUGCUUCUUAGCGGGGGGUUGGACUAGAUGGCCCAUGAGGUCUCUUCCAACUCUACUAUUCUAUGAUUCUAUGAUUCUAAGAAAUCAUUAGAAGUUGUUUAAGGGAGAAAUGUUGGUACUCCAAGUAGUAGGUUAGAUAAUUUUGAACUCAAGAGUAGUCUGUGUUGCGAUUGUGAUACGGCUAGAUUGUUGACUAGGUCCUUAUACACUGACCCUGUAUUUACUUAGAAAAGGAUUCAGCUAGUAACACAGAACAUGUUGUUAUGAGCAUAAAAUAACUGGUGGGCAUUCUAGAAUCAAUUUUGCAUUGUGAAGACAAGGUCAUUUCUAGAUAUUGCAUGCUGCAUGUCCAAAUAGUUUAGUUCAAAGGUAUUGGAUGAUCAUUCAAAUUAUGAAAACGGAGUGAGCUUACAAAUAAAAGAGAAGGCAAGACUUUGCUUAGAGAUUGAGAGCAUCAUUAUGCACCACAGCAAAUCUGGCCAAUUAGAGCUCUGAUUUACAGUCUGAAAAAAAUAUUGGGCAACAUCAUGUUGAUAGAAGAAUUAACUGAGAUGGCUAAGACCACAUUAAAUCAACUCAAUACGGUACAAAGUUACUAAUUUGCUAAUGAAAAUGGCAAUCCUUUUUCCACCCCAUGUGGAAUUUUGGAGAUAUGCUUUAUCAUACUUAAUCUUGUGUUAAUUGGUAAUUUUAUUAACUGGAUAGUUCUGGAUUGCUAAUGUGAUCCGCUUCAAACUGAGAUGUUCAUUGUUUGUUGAAUAUGUUUGUUUCUGUAAAAUUGGGUGUGGGGGGAGGAAGAGAAAAAAGUUGUUUGGCUGACCAUGAUCUAGUUAUAGAGUUUGCUCAGUUGCACAACUCCUCACAUCCUUUACACAAACCAAAAACAGCUCUGGAGGGGUUCCCAACCCGCUAAUGCAAUUUUGGGUAGUGUAUACUGCAGAUUAUCUCCUUUCAUUCCACCAAUGGAAGGAGCUCUAAUUGCAACUGUCUACUGUAGGAUUGACAGUAGCUUCAUAUCUGAGACUCCAGGAGAAUAAUCCCAAAUACAUUCACCCAGGAUUAAGCCCUGUUGUCCUCAGACUGACUUCUAAAUAAACUUGCAUCUGGUUAUGUCUUACUGCUACUGUCCUAUCCAUAUUUGCAUGACACAAAGUCCCAUGGAACUCAGCAAAAUUACCCUCAUGAUGAUAGAGUGUGAUUAUCCGCAAUCAUGAUGAGGAAUAAUUAGCAUGCAAUUAUUUAUUUUAAGUACUUAUUACAUACAAUGCAUUCCAUGGGUUUUGGCUGUCAGGGUGUAAUGCUCGCACUAAACAUGCUUCCAUUACUAUUGGUCUAAGAUGAAGUGGACAGACAUGUUUGGAGAUGAUGUCUAUUUGGGCCUCGGGCCCUUUAGCCUUUGGAUUUGGCAGUGAUGCUACUCUUUAAGCAAGUGUUAACUAGUUCUUGCUUUGGCAGACGGAUGUUAACUUUAACUCUUGGCUCCCAUUGAAAAAACAAGUGCGGAAGCAUGCUUUGAUAUCUUAUGACAUGCAUUAAGUUGCCUGAUGAGCUUCAGUAAAAGUUUUUUAUUGAGGGCAACAGGUGCAAAUUCCCUAAUGGCAAAAGGAUGCAGCCAGGGUGUUCUGUUUAAUGGGGCAUUUCUGAUUGGAAUCCAGUGCAAAUGCUUGGUCUUAACUGGGAUUAGGAUUGCCAUCUUUUAUUCAGCUCUUAGUCAUCCCUUAACCAAAUUUAUCUCAUACCCUUCCAAUUGUCCCAAUUUGGCAGGGGCAGUUCUGGAUAAUCCAUUGCCAUCCCAGUUUUGCAGCUGCUUUUAAGAUGAGGACAUUUCUCUCCUUCUCCCUCUUUUCCUCUAUGUCCUCAUCUUACUUCUGUUGCAAAGGGCAAAAAAGAGUUUGCCCUCUACUCAGCAGACAGGAGAGAAGGAAUCUUGUCCUCCCCAAUAGGUUGCUCCUGACACGAAAAAACAAAAACAAAAAAGGUUCAGGUAAAGGAAAAGCUUGUGAUAAUAACGAAUUAAUAACUUUCAUCAUCUUGACUAUAUUCUGCGGUUGGUCAGCCACAUGCGCCUCAGCUUUCGUAUAUAAACAACUUCAAACUACAAAUGACUGGUUUCUGCAAAUCAGCAUAUAGCUAAAGGUGGAGAUAUGGAUUAAAAGUUUCCCCACUUCCACCUCUAUUUUGCAUCCAACAAUAGGAAAUGUUGUGGUUUUGGAUCACCAAUCCCAGAAUCCCCAGCCAGCAUGGCUAUGGCGGCAUAAGGGAGAUUUCUUCCGCUCCCCCCUAGUCCUUACUGUAGGCAUGGGCAAACUUUGGCCCUCCGGGUGUUUUGGACUUCCAACUCCCGUAAUUUCUAACAGCUGGUACCCUCAACUUCUGAGGAUGUCUGCCAUAGAUAUGGGUGAAAUGUCAGGAGAGAAUGCUUCUAGAACAUGGCCAUACAGUCUGGAAAACUCACAACGACCCAGUGAUUCCGGCCAUGAAAGCCUUUGACCACACAAGCUGGUAAGCUGUUAGGAAUUGUGGGAGUUGGAGUCCAAAACACCUGGAGAGCUGAAGUUUGCUCAUGCCUGCCUUAGUGCUACUAAAGGACCAGCUUAAAGUCUUUUCCACCAUCUAAAAUGGAUUUGCUGCAGCAGGUGGAGAAGAUCACUGGGGCUAUAGUGAUUGUGAAAUUCUAGAAAUGAUAAUCAAAAAAGUAACUUGAUUGAAUAAUAGAGUUGGAAGAGACCACAUAGGCCAUCUAGUCCAACCCCUUGCCAUGCAGGGAAAGCACAUUAUUUGAAAAGUGUUGCCAUGAACAAGAUUGGGGAACUGUUGGCUGUCAAAAUAUUUUAACCUACAAUUCCCAUUAGCUGCACCCCGCAUCUGAAGAUCUAAAGAUUUUUCCAGGGUUUGGCCAAGCUAUUUAAUUUUUGUUGGCAGUUGGCCUGUAUAUCCAUGUAGCUUUAGGAUUAUGCCUCUUGCUUUACUGUUGUGUCACACAAUGAUGUCUGAAUCUUCAUUUUCAUCUGCUUUUCCAUUGAUUGUCAUUUGUUGCUGCUAACCUACUGUAUUUCUAAUGCCUCAUUUAUGGCUCAUCUUUUCUGGUUCUUUUUCUCUCCUUCUCACAUUCUGUAUGUGUUAUUUUUUACAGUUGAGGAGGGAAGUUAGGAGUUAGCAACAAGAGUGUUUUAAAAACUUUCUUGGAUUAUGGAUUGUUUACCUUCAACCCUCUCAUAAGCAGAGAAAUAACAAUACAAGCUCAUUUAUUCAAAGUCAUUUUAAAACUCCCAGUCCAUUAUAAUAAUCUGCCACUGAGAAGGCUUGGAUGGAUGAUGUAUAUCAUUGCAUUUACACUGUGAUUGCAUAUAUAUGUAUAAAAGUAAGAGAAGUAGAUACUAAAGAUUAAGACGAUGGAAGAUGGGCCAGUCCUUGAAUAGCUCUCUGAAAUGUCUUUGACAUUCAUACAUUAUAUGAGGAAAAACUAGUAAAACAUAAGUGAACUUUAGGAAAGAAUUUGGUAAGGGCAGAAAUGUUAAUUUGUUGAAUUUGAAUUUCUCUCCAUUACAAGUACGUUUUCUCCUUUAUGGUUUUUUUAAAUGAAUGCUCAUACGUUUUUGUUCAGUUUUGCUAGAAAGCUGUUAUUUAAGAAAAUAUAGCACAUCUUUUUUAAAGGGCUGUAUUCCACUAUGAAACAAAUGUAUGGCCUCUUCCGAUAUUGGAAUACAUAUUUUCUAUACUGUGUGAUCUUUAUAAUGUGAUGGAAUCACAGAUACUGGCAUUUAUUAUGAUGUCAAAAUCAACUCUGAGUUUAACAACACUGAGGAAUUGCUUAUGUACUGAACAAACCUUCAAAGCAAUAACCAUAGAAUGGAUUCAAGUGCUACAGUGUAAAUAUCCAUCUGCUCCGCUCAGACCUCAUUUACAUUUGUUACACGAAAUGUUUGAAGUGUUGAGUGGUAGAUACUGACAAGAAAGGUGUUCUUAGAUACAGAAUGAAUGAAGGAGUGGAUGAAUGUGAAAUUAUAGCAUUGUUUCCACCCAUGCAAGAAAAAAAUGUGAUGUUCCCUUGUCCAUGUCUUGGUGAAGAAAUGAAUGAAAAGCCCAACCAUCACAAGAAGCAGCCAGUAAUGAUGCAUUAACCAAGUAGUUCUCAACCUGUGGAUCCACAGGUGUUUUGUCCUACAACACUCAGAAAUCCCAGCCAGUUUACUAGCUGUUAGGAUUUCUGGGAGUUGAAGGCCAAAACACCUGGGGGCUGACAGGAUGAGAACCACUACAUUAACCACUACUUCUAUUAAUGUUAGCAAAUGGUGGGGAGGUUUUGUACAAUAUGGCCGAUGUAACUUUGGUUUGUCAGAUUUUAGGUUGGGGUUAUUCAUUGUUCCUUCCAGAGGAGAUCUGUUUUGAAAGGUUUAAAACUCACUCAGGUGGGAUCUGACCACAGUUCAGUGCAUUUCUUAUUGAACACACAAUGUUCUGAGCUGAGACCAACUAGUUGUCCUGCGUAAUUGUCUACUAGAUACAGUUCUCCUUUCUGAAUGAAGUUUGAGCACAGUGAUGUUUUUGUCCUCAGGGAACUCUUUCCAUACAUCUGCAGGGAAUUUUAGUGUGUUACAGAAGAUUCUGGAAUACAUUGUAUGAUGAACUACCAGUUUUUGCAGGAUAUUGACCAUGUAUUUCCAUGCUAUAAUGCCUUUAUAUGGAAAUGAAGGGUAUGCUGGAACAUCUACCCAAAUUUUCCCUGCAGGAAUGCAUUGCAGUGGAAUCUCAGUGUGGCUGAGCAAGUAAGAACUCCAGCUAUCACUGGUCAACAUACAUUUUGGUGCUUCAAAUAUUAGACCAGUUUCUGGGUAUAUUUGUCCUGCUGAUUCCAAAAAUGGCACCAGUUUCCCCUUAUCAACUCUAGUUUUUGCGAUACAGAACAUGCCAUCUGUUACUUGUUCAUCUGCUUGCCCAUAGAAAAUCACGACAUAUGUAAGAAACUGGAGCUGUCCAAUUCAAUUUUCUGAAUCAGUACCCCAAAUAACCCCAGGACUAUCCCUAAAAACCAAGACGCUAAGAAUUUGUUUUAUUGGGCUGUGUUAUACUUAAUGAUUAGAUUCCCUAUAAGAAACCGAUCCAGCAGCAUAAUAACGUACAUUUUGAAGUUAAAGUUUGAAAAAAUCCAACUGUUGAGAAUUUCCUGUUGUGUAAUCCUGUGUAACAGAAUUUCCUAUAGUGUAAUCAGACAAACACAUUUUUUGUGUGUGUUUGUGUGAUUUUCCAUUUUGGAGGAAAAAACUUCAGUCCAUUGUUGCAUGAACAGAUCCCUCCCUUUUGUACAUCCUAUCUGCUCUGGAGUAGAUCUGUGGAGGGAUCUAGUUCACCAACAAACAGUCUUCUUUGUGCUGAUGGAGUGACUUCAUUGGAAACAACCCAAGAAAGUCACAUUCCUGCAAUGUGAGAUCUGACAGCUAUUGGCACUGAAAUGGCUCUUCUUUUUAAACAGAAGCACCGUUAAAAAUUAAAUAUGGCAGUAGGUUAAAAAUAUUCUUAGCAGUAGAUGAAUAAAACAUUGAUGUUGCAAGUCAUAAGAUCAUGUCGUAAUAUCUCUGGACAAAUUGUAGUAAAAUCAUUUGGUGAAAAAACAAGACAAAAAAUUAAUAUAUUAAAAAUAAUUGUUCUAAAAGCAUAUUCAACUUUUGUGUAAUUUAAAUGUCAGCAUUUCUAGAAUUUCUAGGUCUUCCAGCAUAACUCCAUGGUCAAUUUCUGCUGGAAUCUGACCAUAGAAUCACAUUGGCAAACUUAGAGAGAUAUUCUGUCUAGAAAUCUGUAGAUCCUCCAGCAUGAUUGGAGGAAAUUGACUACCCAUCAAAUCAGUGAAUGGUCAAAUUCACAAAAGUCAAAACUGCAAAUGUGGAGGGACAGGUGUAUAAAAAAAGACUGAAUGAAAUUCUUAGACUCCAAGAACUUUUAUAAAAUGGCAAGUUUUAACUUACAACUGGGAGGAAGCCAAUAUGAACUGAUGAAAGAGCAUGGCCUCCAAAGAGAUGAAAUUCCACACUGGAGAUAGUCCUUUUGUUGUCACACAAUGGCCUCUCCACUAAAAUUGAUGCUUGAGAGGCAUACUAUAGAGACUUUACAUAUUCAGGAGAUCCACGAUAGGAAAACAACAUAAUGUCAACUGCAUUGUUUGAAUUCCUGCCCAUUUUGGAACUAAUGAAAAAUUAUAGCCUCUUAUAGAAAACAAAUGGCAACCCUUAUAGCAAGAGUAGCAACCAUAUGCUUCCUAGAUCUUUUGCACUACAUAGGUUGAAUCCAGAAUAACCAGUUGUUGGGAAUCAUAGGAGCUAUAGUCAAAAUACAAGGUAUUGGUGAAACAGAAAUUCCUCUUCCAUAAUUUUUGCACUGUCUCUUUCCAUGAAGUCUUUUAUUAAUGAAUAUUAAAAAUGGGACCCAGAAGAUACAGUAGAACUUUAUUCCAGAUAUCCAUGGAAUGUGAAGUUUAAAGGAACAUGUGAAUAUACUUAUUUGGUGGUUAUUAGGCAAUGGGAUAGCUGGUGGUGAGACACAUUUAUUGCAUCUUUUUCAGGUAGAUUAGUAUUUUAAGUCAUAGGAAAUGUUUGAACUCGUAUCCUGUUCAAGUUUAUGACCACUGCUUAACAACAGCAAAAUGUCAUCCUUUCUAUAGUUUUAGCAGCUGCCCUGCAAACCAUUACAAAUACAUAAAUAUUGUUUCUGGCAAACAAAUUAUGGAUACUUGGAUAUUGCACAAUAUUUGAUGGAUGGCAACACUGAGUGUGUACAAAUGGUUCACACAUGUUUCCUUCUCUGAGCAUUAUUUAUUUAAAUAAAAAUAGUGCAUACUCUGCCUCAGAAACUGCAUUGUUGUUGUUGGCUGAAGUGGGCUGUAGACUGCAAGUUCUGAAAUCAUCACAGCAUUAUACAUGUCUCAAGUUGUGUCAUAUGACCUUUGGUAUGUCUCCCGAAAAAUUGUAGUGUGAUUCUGUAUGUUUGUGUCCGAUGGAAUACGUGGCUGUAAGCAGUGCAUGGUUUUUUUUGCUGACCUUUGUAUUCAGACCUCUCUUAAACAAAUAAAAAUACAAAAGCUGCUUUUA